CUGCACUACGGGACCCUCCUGGGCAGCAGAGCUUGUGUCCACAUGGCAGCAGCUGCCUGGGCCACUGGGUUUCUCAAUGCUCUGCUGCACACGGCCAAUACAUUUUCACUGCCCCUGUGCAAGGGCAAUGCCCUGGGCCAGUUCUUCUGUGAAAUCCCCCAGAUCCUCAAGCUCUCCUGCUCACACUCCUACCUCAGGGAACUUGGGCUUAUUGUGGUCAGUGCCUGUUUAGGUUUUAUUUGUUUUGUGUUCAUUGUGGUGUCCUAUGUGCAGAUCUUGAGGGCCGUGCUGAGGAUCCCCUCUGAGCAGGGACGGCACAAAGCCUUUUCCACCUGCCUCCCUCACCUGGCUGUGGUCUCCCUGUUCCUCAGCACUGUCAUGUUUGCCUACCUGAAGCCCCCCUCCAUCUCCUCCCCAUCCCUGGACCUGCUGGUGUCUGUUCUGUACUCGGUGGUGCCUCCAAAGCUGCCCCAGGGCAUUGUCAUGGAUGGGCCCCUCACAGCCACCAUUUCCAGCCCUGACUUCUCUCCCCAGCUCACAGAGGUUGUUCUUCCCUCCAUGGAAUGA